GCUCAGUCGUAGGAUCCUUAUUACUCCGAUUAGAUCGAAACAAGUCGCUCUAGAGGAUUUCCAGCCGGAGCCACGCUCAGCCAAUCUCUCGUCGGAGUCGCUGGUAGGAAGGCUCAGCCGGAGCUGUGAGGUUUGUAGCACCGGAUCAUGUACCCCAGCCUGGCCCUCACUGCCAACCAUGCCCAGCCGGCCUACUCCCACGACACCCCAAACUUUCUGCACUCCACGGGCAGCCCCCCGGUCUAUGUGCCCACCAGCAGGAUGCCAGCCAUGCUCCAGUCCCUGCCCUACCUUCAGAGCUGCGACACUGCCCACCAGGGACACCAUCUGGCCAACCAUCCGGGAUGGGCACAGACUGCCGAGAGCCACGCGUUCAAUGCCAGCAGCCCCCACACGCCAACCGGAUUCUCUUACUCACACAGCCCCCCAGUGGGCAACAGCAGCGCCAGGGACGGUGGCUACCAGAGUCCCCUGAUCAUGGGUGGCGGUGCCAGGGACCAGUAUGGCAAUACACUGGUGAGAACUGGCUCUUACCCCAGCCCUUAUUCCUAUGUGGGCGCGGAUAUGCCCCCUUCUUGGGCUGCUGGACACUUUGAGGGAAGCAUGUUGCACAGCCUGCAGGGGAGACAAUCCUUAUCGGGUCGGAGAUCCAGCCUGGAGUUCCUAGAAGAGUUUCCUGGAGAGGGAAGAGAAUGUGUGAACUGUGGGGCUAUGUCUACCCCUCUGUGGAGAAGAGAUGGAACGGGCCAUUACCUGUGCAAUGCCUGCGGGCUGUACCACAAAAUGAACGGCAUGAACAGACCACUUAUCAAGCCACAGAAAAGACUGUCUUCCUCCCGGCGAGCUGGCCUUUGCUGCACAAACUGUCACACCAGCACCACAACCCUCUGGAGGCGCAACUCAGAAGGAGAGCCAGUGUGUAACGCAUGCGGAUUGUACAUGAAACUACACGGGGUGCCUCGUCCUCUGGCCAUGAAGAAAGAAAGCAUUCAGACCCGAAAAAGAAAGCCCAAAAAUAUCGGCAAAGGAAAGACUUCCACAGGCUCGUCAACAUCCGCCAACAACUCUCCGUCUUCAGUUACAAAUUCCGACCCCACACCUGUGUUAAAAACAGAACCCAACAUCACAUCCCAAUAUUCGGGCCAGGCAAUUGUACCAGUCUCCCAGGGCCAUAGUCAAACAGAUGAUCUGGUGAACGGAUCCCACGAGCUAAAAUUCAUGCCAGACGAAUACACCUACAGCCCCACUGCUCUCAGCCAGCAAUCAGGGCUAAGUGUUCCCCUCCGCCAGGAAUCAUGGUGCGCGCUGGCACUUGCCUAAAUCUGAACUGUACUGGAGCACACUGAUGUGUGUGUGUUUACCAGCUCCUGGGAGCCGAUCCCUGCAGAGAGGAGAAUGCUCAAUGCCUUCUGAAGGAUACAAGGUAAAAUAACCGGUGCCGCGUCCAGAAGAAAUGGAUCCGUUGCUGAAAUUUUGAGCUGGGAAGCCGCUGAAAGACAAUGACUUUUUCUCUCUCUCACUAAAUGGUUAUAUGGUGGUAUCUUGGGUUUCUGAUGAUCCUAUUCCUCACUUGGGAGCAUUUGCUAUAGAAACUUCAUGCACUCUUCCACAGAAGAACCCAAGGGGCCGAGCUGACAAUCAAACCAGGGACAGUGAUUACGAACUCUUCUUUCUUUUCAACAAAACAAUCUGCUUCAUAACCAAAAGUCCUUAAAUGACAAUCAGGGGAAUCGCUGAAUUCACUAUUUUCAGUGGAGCUGGACAUCCCGAUAAAGACUCAACCUGGUCACAUACCAGUUUUAAUACAGGGCACACUUUGCUGUUGUUUUUCUUUCUCUUUUUUGUCACCAAAAAUUGCUUCAUUUUAAAAGAGAACGUAAGGAUGUUUUCUUAAAACACAACCGUUCCUCGUGACAGCUUGUCUGUACUGUAAUGUGUUCCCUGUCUGACUACCUUUUUUAGUGCAAUUUGUUUCACAUCUAAUAAAGAGUGAUAAUGUGUCACCAACUA